AUGGUAAACUUUUGUAGCCAACUGCGGCACCUGCCAUUAUUGUUGUGUCUCACAGGACUCGUGCAGUGGGAUCUGUGUAGCAGUCAGCGUCUGGUCCAGAUCCAAGAAGGUCCUCUGUACAGAGUGAAAGGAUAUCCAAUCUCAAUAUCCUGUAAUGUUACAGCGUUUAAAGGCCCAGCUAAGCAGGAUUUUCAAUUCAAAGUCAAGAAGUCAAAUGCAGAUAUAAAUAUGAUCAGUACUUUUGACCCAAACUUUUCCUACAGCAUAUUCGCAGACAGGGUAAGAAUAAAAGAUAUUGAGAUUAAAAUGUUGUCAGGUUCUUCAGUUCUUUUGUGGAUCAAAAAUUUGCUGGAGGAGGAUGCCGGUGAUUUGAUCUGUGAGACCCCAAACACAGAUGGCUCAUAUUGGGGAAAUUAUGCUGCAGAAACCAAGCUUAAUGUGAUUGGGGACACCCUGGAGGCAUCGUACUCUGGAUCUCCCUCUAAGAGCUUGUCUGAAGGUGAUCCUCUUCAGCUUGAGUGCCAGGUCUCCAGCCAGACUUUUCAACACACUCAUCUGUCAGUCACGUGGUUUCUCCAUGGUGAAGAGGAUGAAAACCCCAGACCAAUCAUUACUAUGGACAAAGAUCUGACAGUAAAGCCAGGAGCUGGAUUUGAGGAUCGCUAUCGUGCUGGUCUUAUUAGCAUGGAUAAGGUGGAGGACACAACCUACAGACUGAAGAUGCCUCAAGUGCAGCAGUCAGACCAGGGGAAGUUCUUCUGCAAAGCCACUGAAUGGAUCCAAGACCCAGACCGUUCCUGGACACAGAUUGCCUACAAAAACACCACAGCAUGCAAUGUAGAGGUUAAACUCUUCUUGAUCCAAGAUGGCGCCUGUUUGUUUGGCUGGUCGUCUGCUGCUCUCUUGUUUAUUUGUAUGGUUGUUUGCCUGGCUUCCUAAUUGAUGCACACUCAUGGUUUAUGACCGACAGUCUCUCCUGGACAUUCAUUCCUCAUUUAUGGACAUUUGUAAGGCGGAUGUGCAAUGCAAUUUUAACCAAGCACAUCUUCAGGCUGGUUUCUCUCUGAACCUUUUCCCUGUGUCAUUUAAUGACCGCUUUGUUACAUGGCAACCCCUGCAACUUGGCUUAAAAUUAUUUUAUUUAUAUAUAAAUCAUAAUACAUGAUCUAGACCCUCUCUAUUUUUCUACAUUUCUGUACCCAUAUACUCUAUCCAGAUGCUUAAGAUCCAGUGAUCAGAAUCUUAUUUUAGUUCUACAAUUCAGACUCAAACGUAGAGGGGAUCGAGUAUUCUCAGUGAUUGGGCCGCAUCUGUGGAAUAUCCUACCUUUUGAGAUUAGACUUGCCCCUUCUCUGUCCACUUUUAAAUCUGUCCUAAAAACAUAUCUGUUUGGUUUGGCUUACAAAUAAUUUUC